CUACCCUGCUUUUAUCGAUGCGGCUAGUAUGUAUCCUUUCUGUGAUUCUAUUCGAGCAUUCUGCUUACCGUGAGUCUAGAGAUGGAAGAUGACAUUGUACGCCGAGACAGUGUGCAUGCUAUUGUAAAUGCGCUUUCUGAUCCACAUUACGCCGCCUUGAGAGCUUUGAUACUUCACCUGAAUAGGGUCCAGCAUCGCUCGCAGCGGAAUCAGAUGACCGCUUCCAACUUGGCACUUAUUUUUGGACCAACACUCACGGGCGUUGGGGCGCAUAAUCUUGCGGAUGUUGGUUGGCAAGUUCGACUGGUCGAGACUCUUCUUCUCAAUGCGACGGAUAUUUUCGAUGAGGAUUGAUAUCACCAUGGCUUGAUAGGUUUGCGUGUUAGACUCACGGUACAAUUCCACUAUUUUCACUAUUGAAAUGAAGAAGAUGAUUUGAC